UAUGAUACAUACCUCCUUUUCUACAUAUUUUCUUGCCAGGUUUUCUUGCACAUUCCUUGGAUAUUCUUUUGACUGUAAAAUGAAUAGAAGACUAAAAAAUAACAUGUGGAUCCAAGAACACAAAACGCAAAGGUGUUUGCAUGCACACACACCAUUUAGUGAAAUUGUAAAAUGAAAUCAAAAAGACCAUCUCAUCAGGCUACGGGGCAAAAGGCCUGAAUAGUUAUAAUCUGUAGGAAGGUGAUACAGGAGUGGUAGCAGAUGAGCAAAGGCCCUGCAAACGCACAAAUUCCAAAACAACUGCAAGAGAAAAUUAAUUCUGCAAAUUCACACAACACUAUGGAGUCUGCCAUGCCACAAGGGAGUGUAACAACCGGGGCAGACCCGUCCUGUUAGACCAUGGGUUUGGAACGUGUGGGUCAUAAGGGAUAUCUGGCUCUUUUGAUCGUUGAAUAUGGCUCGCAGAGCCCUCAUAAUAACAUACUGUACAUGUCAUAUCAGUUGCUUAGGCAACACAAAUGUGGGAGUGACAGUUUGUCCUAGUAGGGUUGCCGUAGUUUGCCUUCCAAUAUGGCAGUCGAUGUGAGCAGGUGCAGAAAGGUCAAACGCAGAUUGUGUCGGAACAACUAAUUGUGGAAACACUUUUGACCAAGAUCACUCAAAGGAAAAACGAUGAAUACCGCAGUUUUAAGCAAGAAUGGACAGAGGAAUUUGCCUUGGUGGAGAGACAAAGUUCUGCUGUGUCUUUAAAUUAUAAUGAGGAAAUUGCAACUCUGAAAUACUCAAAUAAAAAGCGCCACUUUGGUUCGUGUCAUACUACGUUUGCAUCAAAAUAUCUUACGGGGGCACCAGGAAGAAAGCAUAUCAAGAGCUACUUUCCAGAUUCCAAGUUAGUCAGCAGCAAAUGUGUCUUUGGACCCAACAAGGUGAAUGGAAUUCAGAUCGUUUUGCUGGUGCUUUAGCAAUUGUGAGAAAAGGAAAGCCAUUCACAGAUUGGGAGUAUGCCAAAGCAUCAGCAUCCAUCAGCAAAACCAUGCAGCACCAGAAUCCGAAUUAAUGCUAAGUACUUUUGUCAUCAUCGGUUAGCAACAGCUUCAUGUUAUUUCAAUGAAUUCAGAGACUUAUUGUACUUUAAAAGUGUUGGUCUUGACAAAAGCGCAAAUACACAUGUAUUUGGUUUUUAAAAUAUUGUGUGGCUCUUUUGAAAUUACAUUUUAAAAUAUUUGGCAUUUAUGGCACUCUCAGUUGAAAAAGUUUCCGACCCCCGUGUUGGACCAUGGGAUGCAAUGACGUAGAAUAAAAACUAGACCGUGCACAGGCCCCUUUCAAGUGGUAAUUUGGCUUCAACUUCUGGUCAGGACAAAACGUUGCUUUGGGUUCUAUUUCACUUGAAAGUUGACAUGCUUUGACAUCUUUAAAAUUAUACAUUGUGAAACAUAACAACAUCCAUUUUAGUUGGAAUACGUUAGAUUUGGCUUUAUGGUUUAUAUGGUUAAUUCUUGUUCCGCUGUUGGCUGUCGCAAAGAAGUCGUGGUGUUUACAUAAUUCACCCGCGGGACCUCGAGUUGGGGUGCGGGGUUCCGCACGGACUGUUUUUGUUGUUGCGCUUCCGGAGUAAAGGUUAAGAGAGUUCCCGCCGUUAUGCGAGUAGUGUUUUGAUGUCGAACAAUAAAGCAAGUUCUGUUCCUGUGUCCGGCACUCCGCCUCCUUUUCUCCGGCGCUACACUGGUGACCCCGACGUCAGUCCCGGCGUUUUCGAGACUGAAACGAACAUGGCAACCGCCAUCCUCAAAUUUCCGGAGUUUUGGGAGACGUCCGCAGCAGCGUGGUUCGCACAGAUGGAGGCUCACUUCGCCCUCCGCGGGAUCUCAGAUUCCACGCGUUACUACCACGUUGUCUCAGCACUCGGCGGCCAGAGCAGUGAACUUCAUCACCUCUCCCCCGGCCUGAGAUAAGUAUGCUGGGAUCAAGGCUCACCUUCUCAAGGUUUUUGAGCUUUCACGGCCGGAGCGUGCCCGACGUUUGUUGGCUAUUAAUGGACUGGGGGACAGCAAACCUUCCGAACUCAUGGAAAGGAUGCUAAACCUGCUGGGCACGGAAGAGCCCAAUUUCAUUUUCAUGGAACUGUUUCUCAGGCAUAUGCCACCGCAUGUUCAGACGGCGCUCGUCACUGAGCCCCGGGCCCUGGCCGAGGAGGCCGACCGUUUCUUCCUGGCAACCCAACGCUUCUCCCCUGAGACGCUGGCCGCAACUCGCAGUUACUCGCCUCCGGGCGCGGGUGCGGCAUCCAGCAGGGGCCCCAUCGCCACCGACGGCCGUGCUGGCACAGGCUUGUGCUACUUCCAUGCCCGUUUCGGUGCGAAAGCGAAGAGAUGCCGCGCCCCUUGCAACUACGAAGCGUCGGGAAACGCCAAAGACCACGCUUCGCAGCGGCCGUGAGCGUGGGUGCGAAGAGCCGGCUGCUGUUCGUCAAGGACAACCUUUCCGGGCGCAAAUUCCUUUGCGACACCGACGCCCAGAGGAGCGUCCUGAUGGCCACUGCGGAGGACGCCGCUGGCGGGACUCAUGGGCCACCCCUACUGUCCGCUAAUGGCUCCCCUAUCCGCUCUUAUGGCAUGAGGACUGUGGACUUGUGUUUCGGGAGUCAGCGCUUCACAUGGGACUUUGUCACUGCGGAUGUCUCAUUCCCUCUCAUCGGCGCCGAUUUUUUUUGUGCCCACGGGCUGUUUUUGUUGUUGCGCUUCCGGAGUAAAGGUUAAGAGAGUUCCCGCCGUUAUGCGAGUAGUGUUUUGAUGUCGAACAAUAAAGCAAGUUCUGUUCCUGUGUCCGACACUCCGCCUCCGACUCCUUUUCUCCGGCGCUACAAAGUAACUUUUCACCGAGUACCAUCAGAUAAGCAUCGUAGGCAAUUAUGGGUGCUUGCCACCAACCGCAUUGAUGCAGUGACGAAGAAGCAACGGGUUCCGUCAAGAUAUGAUGUUUGUUCUGAACACUUCAGCGAAUACAACUUCUAUCUCUCCAAGCACAGGCAAGACUGCAAAGCCAUCUUUUUUUCUUGGAAGCAUGAGGCUGGAGACACCUCACAGUCAUCCAGUAGCAAACCCUGAAGACCCAAUUUCCUGAAGUUGGAACUCCCAUUUGACCUAGUGCCACACACAGAACUCAGUGCUGUCAAACUCAGAAUCAGCUUCAUUUGGCCAAGCGUGGAAAAAUACACCCAAGGAUUUUUUCUUUGGCAGAUGGUGCAAACUGCCAUGAGCACUUUUCCUUGCAUUUGGUGAACUGCCCGCUGCUUCCCCUCUUCAAAAUCCUUUAUCACUAUGCACAGGGAAAAAUCAGCCACGUUGGCGUUCCUCUGCAGUGUGAUUUUGGAACCCUGCCCAUUAGUAUGUUUCGAUGCACACACCUUGAUGAGCUAGCCUCCACAAUUACAGUACUCCCAGCCGAGAGUUUAGUUCCCCCACACCACAUGCUCACUCAGACUCCAGUGUGACUGCCUUCUUUAACCUGACUGUUCCCACCUUGUCUGGGAUUUCAUCCCCUCUCACCUUUCCAGAUUGGUUAAAAAGCAAAUGAAUUCACUAUCUUCCUGAUGUCAGAACGAAUCAGGUUGUCCUAUCACGUGCCAGUAAUCCUUGUUGCUCUUAAAUCUCCUGAUGAUUGGUUUUAGCAUGUUAGUACCAACGACGAGCUCAUCUACAUGCCCAUCCACAAUCAAAACUGGGACAAGAUAAUCAGAGUCAAACAGUUUAAGUUUCGUCUCAAAGAUUCCCACUGGCUCCAUUUGUUUCCCACCACACCCAAUGACGACAAUGUCUGUAGGGUACACUAAAUUGCUGUACACAACUCCCGUCUCCUUCAAUAUUGGAAUGACCUGGUGUUAACUCAAAUUGGCCGCUCGGUGUGGACCUCGACAGAGGUGUACACAUCAAAACACCUCUUCCCCUCCCCACACUGCGACUUGCCAUGCCAGCUUCCACAAGUAAAUGUGUCCAUAUUAUUAACACACACCGUCAGAAUAGUACAUAACAGCAGAACUGUGAGCACGAAUAUUGUCCCAGACAAACUCUUUCAAAAACACCUAUUUUUCAUAAUGCACACGAAAUGAAAAUUCAGUUACUUCCAGUCACUGAAAAGUCAUUGUGACCAGCUGAGACCAGGAUGAGAGCUCAGUAGCGCUGCAUCGUCCGAAGGCUGCUCCUCAACCACCGGCAAAGGGAUCAGCAUGCAGCAGUGGGUCACUCCCGCUAGCCAGCAGACAACACCAGGACGACUCUCAAACAGCCAGGACAGCAGCGGCUGUGAUAUUCCAUCCCCAUACAUCAGUGGACGAAGCACUAGGCCCUGAAGAGAUGUGUACAGCAGCAACAGAAGAGCGUACUCAGGAGGACCCAAGUUAAGGUGCGUUCUAGCAAGGUGGCCUCCUAUUUCUAAGGACGAGGAUGGCUGUGGACAGAGCUUCUGACUACCACUGCUGCUUUUAGAUAAGUACACAAGUACAUGGAUGCCACACUGUCUUCUGACUUUCGUCUUUUGGACAUUUCUAGAACAUUCGCUUACUUCCAACAUUCGCCUGUUUGAAACAUUCGUUCGACUUUGGUGACUGUAAAUGCUACUGGCUUCUUGUGUGUGCAUAGGAGAUCACACAGGUUUCUGGAGCAAUGAACGUUAAUGGGAGUCCGAGAAGAUGUAACACAGCGAGAGGGUAUCAUGGACUGCCACAGCUUGACGCCUGGAACGACGCGGGAUCAACGAGACCAAGAAUCUGGUACCAGUGUCCUCCAUUGAAGGAUCGGUCGCAUCGCUGAUCCAGCGCUGGACCGGACUGUCGGGUGACGGGUCCCAACGGACCAGGGCCACAGCACUGCGGUAGGAUAAAACUUAUUUGGUCUCAUAGGAUGGUUAUAUGGUAUAACUUAACAUCUAAAAAUAAAAUAGAGCGGAAAUAAACCCAGAUUUAACAAGUAGUAAAAUUACGUUAAAAUAGGAGACUAAAAGUGGUGUGUGAAGACCGCUCCGAUACUUCCUGCCUUUUAAAACUUGUCUCUAGGUGAGACACAGACAGAAUAGGUUUCUGUAAAAAGUAAAAUACGUGUAGGUCUCUAGGUGAGACCAAGCAGAAUAGGUUUCUGCAUACGCGAAGUUUCUAGGUGAAACUAAAAUAGAGUAGGUCUCUGGGUGAGACCAAGCAGAAUAGGUUUCUGCAUACGCGAAGUUUCUAGGUGAAACUAAAAUAGAGUAAAUGCUGCAGGACGCUGCACAAGUGAGCAGAGGAGGAGGAGGUUCGUGAGCCCCGACCACACCCGUCAAAAUUCAGAAUUUUCUAAAAAAAAAUCUCGCCUUAGGAGCAACAAAGGAAAAAAAAAUGGGACAAGCAGAGACAAAAGAGGUGACUGAACCUCGUGAUGUGAAAUUUAUGCAGAGACAUCAUCCGGGUAGUUGUGAGUAUUUGAGAAAAUGGGUCAAUAAAUAUGAUUUCCGACCCAAUCUUAAAGAUCCGGAGGAAAUUAAGAGGUUAAAAGCAUGCAUGAAAACUCGAUGGGAAGAGAAGGUGAGAAAGGGAAAGAAGACAGGGAAAUUUGAGAUGGAAUUAAGUAAGUUGAAAAUUUGGGAAGACCAGUGUGUUAAAAGGCAGAGAGAUAUAAAAAAAUAAAAAACAGAAAAAAAAGAGAGAGACGAGAAAGACAAACAGGGGGGUUGAUUGCUCCCCUUGGCAUCAAGCCAGAUGAAGAAACAACCGCGCCACAGAGAAGAUCAGCAACAGGAAAGAAGAAGAUUGGAGAGAGGCAACGGUUCCUGCAGCCCCUGCAUUCUCGCCGAUCACCACCAGAGGGGGACGCCGGAGGACUGAUGAGAUAAAAGUGAAGAUCUACCCCAGCUUAUCUGAUUGGCAGGAGCAGACUCCAGCAAGGAAACAACGCCACCCAGCGUGGCCAAGUGGAACUACAAGUGGAGCUGCAGAGAUGUACCCACUGUAUGCUGUUGCCAAUCCUCAUUAUGGGAUGGAUGGAGAUCACGAACCCACCAUCCUAGUGCCAAGACCAUGGACAGCAACUCAAUGUUCUGAAGCCUGUACAGGCCUGGGGGAUCCAGAGACAGACCCAGUUUUUUGGUGUUCUAAUUUCAGAGAACUAAAAAGCUCUUUUCACCUUAAUGGGACUGAAGUGGAGACAGCAUUCAAGACAGCGCUGAAACAUCGUUGGGGAAGAGUGAGAGGAAAUUUUAACUCCCGUAGAGGAAACAAUGGACCAAUCCUACACCCAGAUGACCCCCUCCUGACUACCAGGAUGGAUGAAAUACUGGAGCGAGUAAUGACAGCUUACCAGAAGCCACCAGAUUACAGCAAAAUCAGACAGUGCCGCCAGAAACCAGAAGAAUCAGUCCAUGAUUUCAAGAUCAGACUGGAAGGAAUAUUCAAAACCAACAGUGGGCUGCCUGAAGAUGCUAACGAUAAUGGUCCCUACCACAGCCAGCUAAGACAAUGCCUUAUGGACGGUUUCCAACCACACAUCAGCGGGUUCAUCCAAAAACACUGUGUGACUCACAGAACUUUGAACACCAACCAAUUGAUGGACUGGGCCAGUCAUGCAGAGGAGAACCAUAGAAGAAAGAAGGGAAUGGAUAGCACAACAGCCAUGGCAGCGCUGACUGCAGCCAUAAGAGGAAUGGCGACAUCUACUGAGACACACGAGUCCUCUGAGGUGUACGCUAUGCAACGAGGAGGAGAAAGGAGAGGUCAAAGAAGAGGUCAAGGUCAACAAAAAGGGGGACCAAGCCUGAAGUGCUACAACUGUGGGAAACCAGGACACCUGACUAGAGAAUGCAGGAGUCCCAAGAAGUGUUUCAACUGCCAGAAAGAGGGACACAUGACACGUGAAUGCCCCCUCCCGGACAGCCGGAAGGGAGGGAGCAACCGAGAACCACCAAGAGACCCCCCAUUCAAUCCACAAUAUGAUCAAUGACUAUUAGAGGGAGAAGAAGAUGAGGGUGAUGAGCCAGAAGAACCACCAGACCCGGAGGAAGCAUCAUCAAUCCAAGUUUUCGACCUCUCCAUCUUAAAUCUGGAAGACCGCUUAAGACCCAAACCAUUUCGGUGGCUCAAAGUUGGGCCAUUUAAAAAACCAACAAAAUUUUUAUGUGACACUGGAGCAGACCAUUCGGUCCUGAUAGAUCCAGUUAAGGGAGUAAAAGCUUCCAGAAGACAAAUCAUAGUGAUAGGAGCUGGAGGCCUAGCACAACGCGAACUGUGGUCUCACCCGGUGUUGGUAGAGGAUGAAGAUGGCCAACAAAUUGAAACCAAGUUUGUUAUGAGCAACACCUGCCCUGUGAAUCUAAUGGGCAGAGACCUAUUGACAGCACUGAGAAUAAACCUGAUUGCCACGGAAGAUGGGAUCAAACCAAUCAAAACUAUGGAACAGAUGGACGCCUGUGUCAGCCAAGGAAACGGACCACCGGAUGAAUUUUAUUCACUGGACCUUGACAACGUUGGUCCAACCUCAGUUGUACGUGACCUAGAAAGAACUGCAACACAGAUGACAGACGAAGAACAAUACAGGCUAUGCAGUGGUAACAGAAGAGGCAAUACUCAAAGCGGGAAAGCUCCCUGGCAACUGGUCAGCGCAGGCAGCAGAAAUCGUGGCACUCACAGAAGCAUGCAAACUCUUCCAAGGUCAAGAGGUCACGAUAUAUACAGACAGCCAAUAUGCCUAUUCAACGCUCCACGUCUUUGCUGCACAAUGGGCCAGGAGAGGCAUGCAAACGUCAAGUGGAAAACCAGUCCAGCAUGCUGAUCUGCUCAAAGCCUUACUCCAAGCAGUUCUACUCCCAAGGAGAAUUGCUGUCUGUAAGUGCAAAGCCCACACGAAAGCCACAGAUCCAGUCUCCCAAGGGAAUGCUAAAGCUGACCAAGCAGCAAAACAAGCAGCGAUGGGAACCAGCCACACCCAUGUUCAAGAAGAAGCAGACAGCACAGAUGAAGAUAAGUGUGAACGAACGACAUAUCCUUCGCAGAAGCAAGACAUCAUCCCUCUCCAAGUUCUGAAGGACAUGCAGGACAAUGCCCCGCCGAAUGAAAAGCAACAGUGGACUGCAGCAGGAGCAAAAAUGGACGGCCUGGGCAUUUACAGAGUUUUGGACAAACCCUGCCUCCCUCGGAGUCUUUUUCAAGCAGUGGCUAAAUUGAGUCAUGGGCCAAGCCAUGUCUCAACAGGGGGGAUGGUGGGGAUAGUAGAAAAUAUCUUCUACUGUACUAAAGGCCUCAUUACCUAUUUUAAAAAUUUUUGCAGAUCGUGCCUCACAUGCUGCAAACACAAUGCUCAGGGAAAUGUCAGACCUACAAGAGGGAAGUGCCCACAAGGGUCUUACCCAUUUGAAAUCAUCCACAUGGAUUUCAUAGAACUGAACAGAUCCGGUCCGCACAAAUACUGCUUAGUAAUAGUGGACUCAUUCUCAAAAUGGGUAGAAAUCUUCCCAGCAAAAAAGCCAGAUGCACAGACAGUAGCAAAAGCUAUAUGUAAAAACAUCAUCCCAGAUCACGGUAUUCCAAGAGUUAUUUGGAGUGACAAUGGGUCACAUUUUGUUAACCAAAUUAUUGGAGAAAUGGCCCAACAUCUAGGGAUCAGCCUAAAACAUCACUGUGCUUAUCAUCCACAGAGUGCAGGACUAGUGGAGAGAACUAAUGGCACUAUCAAACUUAGACUCAAAAAGACCAUGGAAGAAACAGGGAAACCAUGCCCAGAGUGUUUGCCCUUAGUCAAAACAUACAUGAGAAUAGUUCCAACAGUAACAGGCAUCACACCUUUUGAAGCAGUAAAAGGAAGACCUUUUCAUCUUCCAUUAUGGGAAGCGUCAGGAGUACAGGAGGAAAAAGGGGAACUUGACCCCAUGACAGACUGGCUGCUUAGACUUUUCCAAAAUGACAAUGUGAAAAGAGCAAAUGAUCUGCCAGGUCCUUCUCUCCCUUCCACACAGGAAUCGCUGACUCCAGGAGACCAGGUGCUGAUAAAGGUCAUCAAGAGGAAGUGCUGGUCCAGCCCGAGGUGGGAAGGCCCAUUCACAGUGCUCCUGACCACACCCACAGCUGUCAAAAUCGCGGAGAGAGAGACGUGGAUUCACCAGUCCCACACCAAAAAGGUCCAUCCUGUCACUUAAAGCAGCUACUAUGGUGACAACCCGGUAUAAAUACUGACUGAUUUCCUACUGUCUACGGGUGCGGUACUGAGAACCAAACCCCACCGGUGAGGACAUGUGCUUGUAACCUCUGUCCUCCGCUUUCUUUCCCUCUUUAUUUAGGUUUACUGUGUUCUCUGCCAUUUUUUAUUUGAUUCCCUUCUCAUUCAGGCCAUGAGGCUGUCGCUCCAAGCGGAGGGCAGGGGAGGAAUUUUUCCCUAUUAAGAGGGUUUUCACCUCCCCCUGACUGGGUACCUAUGUUGUGCAUUAUUAUGAUGUUGUGCUCUAAAACCUGUUAUAGGACUGAGCUCAAUUGAUGUUCCAAAAAUCCACAACAGGGGGGAAAUGUAAGAUAAGCUUACACAUUUCACAGAGGCCUGUGAAAUGUAUCACCUCAUGUGUCAUAAAUCUCUUUUAAUGACUCUGUUGCUGUGCAGGGAUGCGUGUGUGUGCUGUUUGUCUAUGGGAAGUUUAAGAGCUCAAGGUGACUGCAAAUUUAUGAUAGCUGCAUUCUUGUGGGUUUUUGUAACAGGAAGAACUGUGUCUACUCAGAGGACACCCGGCCUUGAGAAGAUUAACUGUCUCUGUAUAACAACUUUACUUGUCUUGUGAAACCUGCUCUCCCCCACCCUAUGUGUGGAGCUCAAUAAAAUGUGUGGUUUUGGGGAGACUCGGAGAGAGUCUUACGGGCGGGCUUGGAGGAUAUGUUCCUCUUCCCCCGAACUUUCCCCAAACUGC